UCAGACCAUAAAUAUAACAAAUUUAUUCUUUCAGACAGUGAUCAUACGUGGUCCAAAAGAAUGGAAAACCACAUUCAGACCAUGGCUGAUCACUGGAUAAUUAGGCCUCUAAUUUGUAUCCUAAUUGUGAUGGCUACUCAAGUCCAUGGCUCGGACUGGACUACCAUCACAUUCCUUCCAAGUGCAAUUUCAAAGGGAGCAGUUUGCUUGGAUGGAAGUCCACCAGCUUACUACUUCAGAAAGGGAUUUGGAGACGGAAUUGAUAAUUGGGUGAUCUUUCUAGAGGGUGGUGGUUGGUGUGCUUCAAAUAAGGGUUGUCUGGACAGAACAAAUAUGAGUACUGGGAGCACCAAACUUAAAGAAAAGCGUCACUAUUUCAAGGACAUUUUGAGUUCAAAUCACACCAUUAAUCCAAAUUUCUAUAAUUGGAAUAGGGUUUAUGUCGGAUACUGUGAUGGCUCAUCGUAUACCGGAGACGUCGAAGAAAACACCUACCCUACUCGUAGGGGUGCGAAGAUUUUCGAUGUUGUGAUGGAAGAUAUGUUAGCUCAAGGAAUGAAGAACGCCAAAAAUGCCAUACUAUCGGGCGGCUCAGCCGGUGCAUGGGGAGCCAUCUUGCACUGCGACGGCUUCCGUAAACUCAUACCUAAAGCUAGUAGAGUAAAGUGCAUUUCUGAUUCUGGUUUCUUCAUCCAUGCGAAAAAUCUUUAUGGAGCUAAGAAGAGAGAAGAAUACUUUGCUGAUUUGAUUGCAUAUCAUAGAUCAAACAAGUUUUUGCCGGCAUCAUGCACAUCGAAAAUGAACGCGAGUUUGUGUCUUUUUCCUGAAAACAUAAUCAAAGAUAUCAAGACGCCAAUCUUUUUCCUCGAAUCAGCUUUCGAUUAUUAUCAGUUAAAAGAACACUACUUUUCGGAUGAUCCCACUUGGAAAAUUUGCGUUGAUAAUCUAAAAGUUUGCACGCCGACGCAAUUACAGAUCAUGAAGGAUUACCGUGCGACUUUCAUAAAGGAAUUGCAAGGAGUUAAAUCUUCAUCGACAGGAAUUUUCGUUCACUCUUGCUACCGUCAUGGUCACUUGCACGAAAGAGAAGGGUGGGAUAAAUCGCCAAAAUUGGGGAAUAAAACAGUUGCAGAAGCCAUUAGUGAUUGGUACUUCGACCGGAGUUCUUUCCAAGAAAUAGAUACCCAGAACGAGCUGCCACGAAAUUGCGCUUUUCUUUCAUAAAACAUUGGACAUGCAAAUGCAAAAUGUAUUCUUCCUGUAUUAACAAAUGAAAAAUCACUGAAUAGAAUAAUUGGUGAAUUUUUCACCUCAA